AUGCCACCCCGGGUACAGACCGGGCGUGUGUCCAAUACCCUCCUCCCCUACCUCACCACCACCUCAUCCUCCACAACCUCCUCCCUUCCUUCAUCCUCCUCACAAUGCCUACGUCAGUUCUCUGCCACGACAGCCUCUCAAACAAAGCUCCGUCGGCAGAUGUUCGAAUGGCUUAGCACCGCCGGUGCUGGAUUGAAGCACCAUGUCCCUGGAGAGACCAAUUAUCUAACCCGCUUAAAACAGGGUGGUCAUGAUGAUUCAAAUCGGCCAUUCCCCAACAACCCAAACUUCAUUAGUGAGAGUAUCCUCAGUGAGGGUCUCCGCGAAGAAAUCUAUAAACGCGUCGUGACCCAGAAGCAGAGUCUUCGUGCUGUCAGCGUGGAGCUUGGAAUUGAUAUGAAGCGUAUUGCUGCCGUCGUGAGACUGGUGGAAUUGGAGAAGAGGCAGCGCUCACAGGGCAAACCUCUAGCACUUCCAUACGCACGGGCAAUCCACGAAAUGGUCCCCGUGACCCCCCUCGCCGACAAGGGCGAGCGCCAACAAUACCACGAGUCCAUCAACGACCUCCCCGCCCACCCCCUAACAGGAACCCAAAUCUUCUACCCCGUCCCUGAAUCUCGCUCCUUCAACCGAGUUGAAGCCGGCCGCGUCUUCUCCGGCGCCCCAGCCCUAACCCACGAAGAAGCCGCCGAGAUUCAUCACCCAUACGACCUAGCUCAGAAAGUGAUCGAAGACCCCAAAUCAAUCGGGUGGGUAGGCAAGGGCGAAAAGGCCCGCCAGAUCCUUCAGCCCGCCGAUGUGCGUAUCCCGCACCCACACAUGAUCGGCCUCGAGCGCGACCGCAUCGCACACCCGAACGAGCGCCACACCGUUCAACACCGCCACGCUGAGCGACUCGCGCGCCAGGAGAGUCUCGAGCAGGAGGCUCGCCAGCGCGCCCAGGCUCGUCGCGACGCUAGCCAGACGACAGUGUCUCCGACUGACUCGCGCUUCGAUUACCGUAUCCAGGAUACGAAGUUCACGAAGGAGACUACUGGUGCUAAUGGCCGUGCUCCGUGGGCUGUUGGUCGUCGCUAUGGUGUGCCGCACAACGACCGCACUCGUGGCACAGUCAAGAUCCCGACUCGUGUUGACGCUUGA